AUGAGUACUUACCUUGUCACCGGCGCCUCUCGUGGCAUUGGACUCGAAUUGGUUCGUCAGACUUCUGGAGGCCCUCUUUUUCAGGAGCUCUUGCAACAGCACCCGGAUCGGGUAAUCUUUGUGCCUCUGGAUGUCACAGAGAAAGAGAGUGUCAAGAACGCCGUGACACAUGUUGCGACUGCCCUCAAUGGAAAAGGCCUGGAUGUGCUAAUCAAUAACGCGGGUAUAAUGACGCCUGGCACUGUUGAGAAUAUGCUUGUGAACGAUUUAGAAGAUACAUUCCGCGUCAAUGUGGGAGGGGUUCAUCUUGUCACAAGAGAAUUUCUCCCCCUUCUGAGAAACGGAAAUAAGAAAAGAAUCGUCAAUAUCUCGACAACUGCAUUGAACAUGCUCACCGUACUCUACUCCCAAGAGUUGGAGGCUGAGGGUUUCACCGUAUUUUGUGUGAGCCCUGGUUGGCUGAAGACCGAGAUGGGAAGCGAUGAUGCGGAUCUUCCAGUCGACACUGGCGUUGCCGCUGUUCUGGAUAUUGUUCUCACCACCGGCAAAGAAAAGAAUGGACGAUUUCUCAAUAUCCACGUACCGGGAUGGGAAAAUAACUCAGGUAUGAACCAGUACGAUGGGAAGGAGUUGCCGUGGUAA